AUGGUGCAAGAGUGUAUGUCGGCGAAAGAAGCUUGGGAUCUUUUGGAAGCCUUCUCUACGGAAACCAGAAGGAUGAAGAAGGAAAAAUAUGAUGUAUCACCAUCCUGUCAUUUCAACAGUCAUCUAAGCUCUCCUUGUCAGGAAGUUGUAGUGCUGAAGAAGGUAUACAAGGAUAAGAGGUUUAUCAAAGAAUUUCUCAGAAACUUAUCACAUGGAUAUCUUUCUCACAAAUCUGAUGGUAAAGGUGCUUUAAGUUCUGAUGAACAGAAGGUUGAUCAGGGUGUGAAAUUAGUUCAUACAGAUGAACUGCAGAUGAGAAAGAACGAUCAGAAGGCUGAGGAAUCAUUCACUUUGAAGACUGUAGAAACUCAGACGUCUGUUCAAGAUAAUGAGGAAGAACUGAUCAAGAAGCAGUUCAGAAGGCUGAAGGGUUAUGGACACUUUCAACCAGACUAUUUUACACUUAAAAGAAAAAGCGUGCUGAAGUGUUACAAUCGUCAAGGCUGUGGUCAUACGAAAUCUUGUCUGACAUGGAGAGAUAUUGAGUCAGCCAAAGAAGAUAAUGAGAAUCAGAAGUCUGUUUUGAAGCCUAAGGAUGAUGUGGCUAGCUUAUCUGUUAAGAAACAAGUCAUCGCCCUGUCUAAGAAUCUGAUUCUGCAGAAGAAGGAGAAUUAUGAUCUGGUGUUUGAGAAGGAAGAGCUGCUUUGUAGAGUCUUCACACUCAAGAAAUUGUUGUCUGAGGAGAAAGUCAUUUCGUCUUUGUUGAGUCAACGUCUUGAGAAUCAGCUAAAGAAUAACAAUAGGCUGAGAAUUUGUUGUCUGAGGAGAAAGGGGCUGAUCACUCACAAGGGUACUGUAAUUGCAAACUGUGAUAUGAGGAACCAUGGAAGAAACUCAAGCCGUGAUACGAGUGUAGUUAAUGGGUCUUUAUAUGGUCAGAAGAUUUCAUACAUAGGUCAUGGAACAAAAGAGCUGCAAAAUGGAGGUGAUGCUGUCAAACACGUGUCUGAGGUCAACAUCCAGAAGACUAAACAGAUGAUUGUUAUGAACAACCUGAGAGGGAAACUGUGUCGUUGUCCAGAAGAAGUUCCACAAGGUUGGAAGAAGAGGACAAUAUCAGAAGAGUGUCACAAAGAUGUUCGAAGAUACAGGCGAGUAAACAUCAAGAAGCGUGACAUGAACUAUUAUGUUGCGCACACUGUUGAUGUUCAACAGACCGUUGUGUUGAAGCACUGGUUCUUUGAUAGUGGUUCUUCAAGGCACAUGACUGUGAAUCAAGGAAGGCUACAAAACUUUGAAGAAGGCUUAGCUGACAUGGUCACUUUUGGAGAUGAAGCUGAAGGUAAAAUCAGAGGCAAAGGUGUAUCUCGUUGUAAAGAUCAGCCCACUCUGGAAUUUAUCUACCUUGUUGAUGGUCUAAAAACUAAUUUGAUUAGCAGCAGUUGGUUGUGUGAUGAGGGUUUAGCUGUUACCUUCACCGAGAAAGGAUGUCAGGCGGUUGAUGAGUGCCACAAUAUUCGAGUCAAAGGUCAACGCUCUGAUAAUAGCUAUUAUAUAUGA